AUGACCGAUCAAGAGUCUUCACAACCCUCCGAAUUCUGGCUAUAUGGAUACGGGUAUGCCGAGAUCUUCCUGAUAUCAGAUUCUUAUCCCGUGAUUAAUGCCAUUUACAGAAGCUUGAUAUGGAAGCCUCCGCCACAUUUUGACCGCAGAAUUGCUGGAUGGGUAGAUGAUUAUGUUCGUCGUUUCUGGCAGGCUAGUGAGGACCAUAGAGGAACCCCUGAGGCGCCUGGGCGUGUUGUCACUCUAAUCGAGAGAUCCUACUGGGAACAGCUAACCGAUCGUCACGACUCUGCUCCAGAGCGAGUCUGGGGGGUUGCAUACCGUAUCAUUCCUGAGAAAGUAGCCGAAGUCAAGGAGUAUCUCGAUAUACGUGAGAUCAACGGCUACACCAUUCACUACGCCCCAUUCCAUCCUGCCGAUGGCUCUCCCCCCAUUCGCGCUCUGGUCUACAUCGGCACUCCAGAUAAUGAGCAGUUUGUCGGCCCCCAGGACCCCCAGGAGCUCGCCGAGCACAUCUUCCGCAGCCAAGGGCCCAGUGGCCUGAACAAAGACUAUCUGUUGAGUCUCGAUACAGCCCUCAGCGAGCUUGCUCCUGAUAGUGGUGAUCAUCACAUCCAUGACCUUGCCCGCCGCGUCAGGGAACUUGAGAAGAAUUGUGAGGAUGAAACUAAACUCCUCAACCCAACGACUUCAGUUCAUCUACAAAAGCACAGUACUGAAGAAGCCGAGGAGAUCGAAGAGCCACAUCAUUAA